AAAGACAGUCAGUCUGAUGUGAUUGAGACAAGGGAGGUUUUUCAGGGGGAGACUGGGAGAUAGGGGCCUCCCCUCCCCCUUCUCCUCUUCCUGCGCCGGCCUCAACCCCUCCCCAGACCCCUCCCGACGGGCGCCCCACGCGGAAGACACCCCUCCCCCUCCCGCUUUCCCCUCCUCCCUACCUCAGACCUCAGCCCUUCUUACCGGGACGUUGGGGAGGGGGCUGUGCCGGGCGGAGAGAACUCAGCAAGCAUUCUGAGAAUGAUGAAUAACACUGAUCAUCUCUAGCAAGGACAUUGCUUCCCCUCAUGUAAAGCAUGCUCAGUUCCUUCCCAGUGGUUUUGCUGGAAACCAUGUCUCACUAUACAGAUGAACCCAGAUUUACCAUAGAGCAGAUAGAUCUGCUCCAGCGCCUCCGGCGUACUGGAAUGACUAAACAUGAAAUUCUCCAUGCCUUGGAAACUCUGGACCGCCUUGAUCAAGAACAUAGCGACAAGUUUGGAAGAAGGUCCAGCUAUGGAGGAAGUUCAUAUGGGAAUAGUACCAACAAUGUUCCAGCAUCUUCCUCUACAGCUACAGCUUCCACGCAGACCCAGCAUUCGGGCAUGUCCCCGUCACCUAGCAAUAGUUACGACACCUCCCCACAGCCUUGUACUACCAAUCAGAACGGGAGGGAGAAUAACGAGCGAUUAUCCACGUCCAAUGGGAAGAUGUCACCAACUCGCUACCAUGCCAACAGCAUGGGUCAGAGGUCAUACAGUUUUGAAGCCUCAGAAGAGGACCUAGAUGUAGAUGAUAAAGUGGAGGAAUUAAUGAGGAGGGACAGCAGUGUGAUAAAAGAGGAAAUCAAAGCCUUUCUUGCCAAUCGGAGGAUUUCCCAAGCAGUUGUUGCACAGGUAACAGGUAUCAGCCAGAGCCGGAUCUCUCACUGGUUAUUGCAGCAGGGGUCAGACCUGAGUGAACAGAAGAAAAGAGCAUUUUACCGAUGGUAUCAGCUUGAAAAGACAAACCCUGGGGCUACGCUAAGUAUGAGACCAGCACCCAUUCCAAUAGAGGACCCGGAGUGGAGACAAACGCCUCCCCCAGUCUCAGCCACGUCUGGCACCUUCCGACUACGGCGAGGCAGUCGAUUUACCUGGAGAAAGGAGUGUCUGGCUGUCAUGGAAAGUUACUUCAAUGAGAAUCAAUACCCAGAUGAAGCAAAGAGAGAAGAAAUUGCAAAUGCUUGCAACGCAGUGAUACAGAAGCCAGGCAAAAAACUGUCAGAUCUGGAACGAGUUACCUCCCUGAAAGUAUAUAAUUGGUUUGCUAACAGGCGGAAGGAGAUCAAGAGAAGAGCCAAUAUCGAAGCAGCAAUCCUGGAGAGUCAUGGGAUAGAUGUACAGAGUCCGGGAGGCCACUCCAACAGUGAUGACGUGGACGGGAAUGACUACUCGGAGCAGGAUACUUGGCAAGUACGCAAUGGGGAGGAGGAGGAGGGAAGAAGUUCAGAGGGAGGCAGAGAAGCAGAGAAGGAUGACAGCACUAGCCACAGUGACCACCAAGACCCCAUCUCGUUAGCUGUGGAAAUGGCAGCAGUCAACCACACUAUCUUGGCACUGGCCCGACAAGGAGCCAACGAAAUUAAGACAGAGGCCCUGGAUGACGACUGACGAGGGAGGGCUGAACGCGAGAAGUUAACUUAGUUUAGACGUAGCACCUUAGCAGACUUUCCUCGGUCCUUAACAUGUGUUCUUACAGUAUAACUUGCAGUUUCUUGUAUGUCAGUUAGCCCUUAGGGUCUUGUUCUGUGAAGAUGGCAUGGUGCCCUCAGCCUUUACAUAUACUCUCUCAGUAUUAAUUCCCAGUAACUAAUAACCAACCAACCAACCAAACAUCCCUCUCCCAGCCCCUGAGGCUAGAAAAUCUUGCUGCUCUGUCUUAGCAUUCCAAGAAAGUGCUUCCAGGUAUUUAGCUAGCCCUCAGUUCUCAAAUAGUAGGCUCCGUGUAAAUCCUUGGGUACCUUUAGAUUCCUGUAACACUAGUCUCUACCCCUCUUCCUUCCCCUAGACUGGUAGGAUGCAAGCUGAGGUAGUGUGGCCAGGAUUGACAGACACCAUUUGGGGAGUGUCCGCAGAGUAAAAGGAACACUAGAAACCCGCCCCGCCCCGCCCCCCCCAGUCCCCCCAACGUGGGAAUAAUUGAUUUCCAGCUGCAAUAAGCCGUGCCUCAUAAUAGUCACACCGUGGCUAGAUUAUACUUCUUUGGGUGCUGUGCUAAGAAUGUCAGUGGAAAAACUCGAUCUCAGAUUUCAGUUGAUGUUAACAUGCCCGACAUAGACAGACAUCCUUUCCUCUCACAAGCUGUGUGACUGAGUAGAGAAAAUACUGCCUUCUGCCUUUGGGACCAUGAUUAAACAGAAAAAUGACAAAAAAAAAAAGUUUAAAAAAAACCCCACAAAACACAGCUUGAGAGCAUUGGGAAAAACCAUGAGCCGAAUGUGUAAUAAUGGUGGAUGUUGUUAGAACCACUGUACAGUGCGUGGCACAGGUGCGUGCCCGCCUGGAAAGGUGCCGGAAGUCACCGCGGAAGUGGCUCUGCCUCCUGUCUGUGUCCCCUUUCCUUGCUACCAAAAAACAGGUGAUUCGAGGAUGGAGCUAAGGCCAAAAGUGAGUAAACGAACUUCCAGUCCCUGUAGCCAUUAAACUGAAGCCCCCUCAACAUGGGAGGUUGGUAGAGGACUCUGUAGUGGGAUUAUGCCUACUGACUGUCACAAGCGCAAAUGCUUUCCUAAAUAGGAGCAGAAAAAAGCAGGGGACGUUUGCCACUUCUGCGGCAGGUCUGCAAGAUGUGACUUGCUUUGCUGUUCUCUUUACUCUGUCCUUGUAGAGGUGUGAAAAGCUAUAUUGCUACAGGCAAUUUAUUUAAUAAUUGGAAGCCAUAUUGAUAAUGGAUGUGGUAAUAUUUGUAAAGUUUAAUCUACUUUAAGCAGCAGUAACUAAUGGAAUUUUUUUCCUUGAUCACAUAUGUAGCACUUUUGUUACUUUUUAAAGAUAUUUAUAUUUGAUAAAUCUUUUUUUCAUUUUGAGAACUCAAAAUACCAAACAGUGAACUUGCGUUAGAAAAGUCACCCUGUGAUCACCUUGUCAUCCAGUAGCGAAAUGAUGAACUGCUCAUGCAUCCAAGAAUAUUACAUCUGCUGGCCUCGUAUGAAAAUGGUCUCUGGGCAUCUUGAUUAAAGGACACGGUGUCACGGUGCGUAAGAGGAACCGCCUCCAGUGUAGGGUGCGUCUGAAAGAGGCACGACUGCUCUCUAUUUCCUGCCUUGCUCCACCUCUGUGUGCGACAAAACCUUGUUUAAAGGGGAAUAUGGAGAGGGCUGGCUCUUAAGCAAGGUUUCGUCUGUCCAUCACCUGAAAAUGAUUUGUAAGAUUGAAGGAGGGGGCUAUCUCCUGACCUCUUCACCCUUCCUCACCCACCAAAUGUUUUCAACUUAAAACCAUUGAGAGAGAGAAUGACUGGCCUUCCUGUUUUCCCUUCCUCAUCAGUGAGAUUCUGAAUAUCCGCCAUCUUCUAGCUGGUCUCGCUCCACCUAAGGCACCUGCUGAUGCGCUCGCCUCCGCGUCUGUCCA